UGUAGUCCGUCACUGUCGGCCCGGCUCAUUAACAUCAUCAUGUAGCCUUGAGGUCGGUCAUGUGGUGACGCCACGGCCAAGCGUGCUGAUGUAACGGGGCAGCGGAGCACCGACUCACGGGGGAGACCAGGAAGUUUCACCGGGGAGGCUGUCGGUCCGAUUGUCAAGUUCACACACGGUGUAAAUUUGUCAGUAUGUCAGGUUUGUGAAGCGAGGACACCGAUGGUUACCAAGAGCAGCUGCAGAGUGACUCCCAGUUCCUGUGCUCAGAUCAGAGGAUGGAUACUGAGCUGGUUGACAGACUUGUCCUGCAGCUCAACAGGAUCUACCCGCAGAUACUAAGUGACAAGGAAGCCCACAGGUUCAGGAACCUAAGUGUGCCCACCAAGGUGCGGUUAGCAGACCUCUUGAAGCACCUGCACAGAAAUGGCGAAGAGGCAUGCCAUGAAUUCUACAGAGCCCUUCACAUCCAUACAGAGGACAUCUACUCUAGCCUGCCCAGCAGAGUCAGAGAAAGAGAGGUGGCAGAUUCAAAAUGCACUAACGACAAGACAGUUCGGCAAGAGCGAUAUGUGCUUAACGACAGAGGACCAAUGUUCUUCCUGAGCUGCUUCAGUUUUGUAGUUGGAAUUGCAAUACUCUACUAUUACGGAGACACAGAGGGUGAAGCCUUGAGAUGCACUGGAGUGUUUCUUCACUGCUCUGCUGUAAGACUGAGUAAAGAUGCUAGAGAUGUUUUCAUUUCAUAUGGAGAAGUUGGAAAGUAGAAAAAAUGAAAACAUCACGGCAAUGAGAAGAAGAAGCCAUGAAAACUGUCUUUUUUCUGUGCCAAACUCAUAAUUUUCCUAAACCUCACAUACUAAUUUAUGCACGAAAUUACUAAUUGGAGGAAUGUAACUUGACCUGACACAUUCUGUCACAAAUUCUCACAGUGUACAUCUGAAAUGGCAGAACUAUGCAACAUUCUUCCAGAGUACUUGUAUGUAUGAUUCUUGCCUGGAUUUCAUGUUUGUAGAUAGCUAUGAAUUUCAUUUUUUUAAACUAAAAUGCUUAAAGCAUAAUAAUAACCAAGUGUAACUGUGCAGCUGCACUCCCACAAAGCUGUUUUCACUUACUAAAGACUGAGUCGGUUGUUUGGGUGCAACAAACCCAAGAGCGGGGGCAAUGAAGUGUAUUUUGAGGAGAGCUGCAAGUAGGAGCACCUGUGUGGGUCGGCUCUUGGUUUGCACUUAAUUUAACAACUUGAAUUUUUCAUUGCUCCAUUUAUUAACACAUUUCACAACAAAGAUUUUCUUUUUUUUUUUAAAUACACAACAAAUACAUGUAUGAUCACACCUUAGCCCACUUCCAGUGCCUUCUAUGAAAUUUGCAAAAUAAAGGGCCCUCUAAUAGUGUUACUUAUUUUCAAAUAAAGCACAACAAAUUAGGA